AUGAAGCGUCCACUCCGACCCGGGUACUUUCAGGGUACCUGUGACCAAUGUCACCACCAGCGGCGUCACUACCCUGAUUUCGGCGACUACCCCAUUGUUGCUGACACUGGAGCCGGCCAUUGCCGUCUUCCCCAAGCGACCAUAGAACCCAUCGCUGCCAUGUACACCAAUGUGAGAAGAAACGGACCUGCCUUUGAGGUUGAUUGUAAUGUUCCCGAUAGUCUGUUUCAGCUUGGCUUUGGCGAUUUGAUCUUAAACAUUCCGUUGAAGGACUUCCUCAUGCCUCACGAUGCAAACGCCAAAACUUGUGAAAUAGGGGCGAUUGUGGCCGAGAAAGCGGGCAACAGUACCCUUAUUGGCGGUGCCAUCCUCAACCAUGUGAUCUCCAUCUUUGACCACGAUAAUAAGUUGGUGUAA